GAAGGACACAGGCGGCGUGGCUGGUCAGUGUUGGUCGCGAUGGAGACGAUGGCAGCUGCCUUCCUCAUCCCAUUUCUCCUGCUUUUAUCCUUCUCCCCGACCAUCUCCCCGCAGGAAUGGAACACCCAGGAUUACAUGAAGCGAGAGCACUCCCUCGUGAAGCCCUACCAAGGAAUGGGGACUUCUAUACCAUACUGGGACUUCCUGGGUAACACUAUGGUUACCAACAAUUAUAUUCGUUUGACGGGAGAUGUCCAGAGUGUGCGAGGAGCUGUUUGGAAUAAGGUUCCGUGUUUCGUGCAAAAUUGGGAGAUGCAGAUUCAGUUCAAAGUCCACGGUCGGGGGAAGGAUUUGUUUGGUGACGGAUUUGCCUUUUGGUAUGUGAAAGAUCCCAUGGCUGAAGGUGAUGUUUUCGGCAGCAAGGAUUUCUUCACUGGAUUGGGGGUUAUUGCCGACACCUACAGCAACCACAAUGGCCCACAUAAUCACGGUCACCCAUACAUUUCUGCGAUGGUGAACAAUGGUACUCUCCACUACGACCAUGACCGAGACGGAACUCAUACGCAGCUCUCUGGAUGUGUGGCGAAGUUCAGGAAUUUGGAUUAUGACACUUACCUGUCAAUCAGAUACAAGCAUGACACAUUAACAGUUUCUAUAGACAUCGACAACAAGAGAGCGUUUAAGGAGUGCUUUACGGUGGGCGGAGUCAUAUUACCCACCGGAUACUACUUUGGCGUAUCGGCUGCCACUGGGGAUCUUAGCGAUGCCCACGACCUAAUAUCAAUGAAAUUAUAUGAUAUUUCCACCCCGGAUGAUGAUAUCCUUCAAGACCGAGCCAAUGUAAUGCCGUCUGCCUCAUUUUUUGAGCCACCAAGAGACCACGUUGACGAUCCAAAACCCUCCGAGUUGUCGACUUGGAAAAAGAUUCUUCUCCUCAUUUUUGGAGUGAUUGCAAUCUGCGGCUGUGUCUUCAUUGGGGGCCUGUUCUACGUUAAACAGAAAGAGCAGCAGCGAAAGCGGUUCUACUAGAAGUUUGAUGUUUCCUUUCGAAUAGGGGAAAAUAUUUUUAGUGAGAGUGAGAGUGACUGCAAAAGUGUUUUUUAACCAAUGUUAUUCAUGGAAGUCUUUUAGUUGAUUUUUAGCAUUUUUUCUUUUUCUUUCCAUCCUUUAUGAUAAAAAAAGAUUAAAGAAUUUGAGAGUUACCAAACAGUUUUAAGUUGAGAACUUAGUAAUUGACAAAAGGCAUUAUCCUUUUUAUGGUUGAAUGAUGUUCUGAAAGUUUCAGUGUAAAAAGUCAGUCAUAGUUAUUCUGAAUGCAUUUUUACUCUAGUGAUCUUGAGUGAUAUAUAAAGAUGUAUAGGUGAUAUAUGGCUCAUCGUUCUGAAAAUUGUCACAAAAGAUGACAGAUCCAGACCGUUUUUUGUACGAGUUUAGGAAGUUUUGGAAUUUGUAUCAAUCUUUAGAAGUAACAUGUGUGCAAGUUGAAUGAUUUUUGUAAAAUGCAUAAUGAAUUUGUAAUAUAAUGUAUAUUUAAUUUAUUGGUGUUAAAUCAGUCAAAUUGUGUAAGGUUCUUACACAGACUUAAAUUACCAAAUGACGAAGAAAUGUACUCUUCUAAAGUGCAGUUUGUCGUAAUACAAAGUUUGAUUAGCACAAUGCUGGAGUUCUUAAAGAUGAACUCUGUGCAGAGAGGAGAAUGUAAACCCUACCAUAUCUUUUUUUUUUCUUCUUCUUCUUCCUUUUCUUGUGAUAAAAAGGAUUUUUUUCCUGCUCAGCAUUAUUUGAGAUUUGUCCCAUACUUGUUGAUAAUGUUUCCUCAUUGUGAAUAUAUCCUAAUUCCCUGAUCUUUGUCUUUUUUUUUUUUUUAUUAAAGCCACAUUUUUGUAAGGUUAUGGGAGAUUUAGUUAUAUUGAGUGUGUGUUUGUGUGUAGAUAUAUUCAUGAUUUUUUUUUUUUUACUUUUUUUUCCCCUCUGUCUUUCUGUCCCAUUACAUUGAGUUUUUGAAUUCAACUGGAGUGAAUGCUUACAAAAUCAACCUGUCAUUUGCUCAUUGUAGCUAUACUACCAUACCUUUGUGUUAUUCAUGUAAUCGUUUAAUAAUUUUGAAUUGUUUAGUGAGACAUCAAUUUUACAAUUAUUUUUACAAGGUCUGAAUUUUUUUCUUACGAGAGUGUUGGGUGCAUGGUUCCUGUACGAGCAGCAAGUUAAAAAUGUGUCAAUGUCCAUUAUAUUAAGGCCAAUGAUAAUCCCUUUUUUUUUCAAAUAUAUAUUAUUGGUAACUGAGGUCUAGUCAGUUCAUAAUAAGGAUACACACUCAUUUGUAAAAGACGUUUUAGUGCAUGGUUUGCUAGCAUUUUUGAAUUUAUUUUAUCGUAUUCCAUAAAGAAAAAUUUUGAGAGAAAAGAAAGGUAUUGGGUAAAGCAAGCCUUCUUUUUUAUUUUACUCUUCAGUACUUCACUAAACAAUGCCAAAAUUAUCAGUUUGAUAAGACAAGUGUAUAUUUUAAUAAAACUGGAUUUAU